AUGGGAUCGGAGGCGCCGCCGCUACCGAAAUGGGCGUCGAAGCAUUGCAUAAUGGGCAUCGAUGAAGCUGGGCGCGGCCCUGUUUUAGGACCCAUGGUGUAUGGCUGUCUCUACUGCCCGCUCUCCUACCAGAAAGCAUUAUCCACAUUGAAUUUCGCAGAUUCAAAAACUCUAAAAGAAGAGAAGAGGGAAGAAUUAUUUGAGAAUUUGAAGGCCGAUGAAUCAAUUGGAUGGGCUGUUGAUGUUAUAGACCCAAGAGAGCUGUCAGCCAAAAUGCUUAAGAAAAGCAAGAUAAAUCUCAAUGAAAUAUCACACGAUUCUGCCAUCGGCCUCAUCAACAAGGUCUUGAGCAUAGGUGUUCUUCUAACUGAGGUUUAUUUGGACACUGUUGGUGAUGCUGAGAAGUAUAGACUAAAACUUUCCGAAAGAUUCCCUAAUAUCAUGUUUGUGGUUUCAAAGAAAGCUGACAGUCUUUAUCCAGUUGUGAGUGGUGCAAGCAUUGUUGCAAAGGUAACAAGGGAUAGAGCUUUGCGAGAUUGGGUGCUAGAUGAAACUGCAGAGGACCUGCACAGAAAUUUUGGGUCUGGGUACCCGGCUGAUCCGCAUACAAAAGCUUGGCUGGAAGAUCACAAGCACCCAGUUUUUGGGUUCCCAACGCUGGUCCGUUUCAGUUGGGGAACAUGCACAUCUUAUUCUAAAGACUUUGUUGAUGUGUUAUGGGAAUCAGAUGACCCUGAUGAAGCUGUGAAUGGAAAGAAAAGCAAAAAGCAAAUGAAGCUAACCAGCGUCGAACAAAUUACCAUUCAUUUCAAUUCAUGUGCAAUAAAAAUGGCCAUGCCGAGAACUAGGUCGGGGCGAACGACGUCGCUCCGUGAUUCGGAUACGCGGCUGUCCGAUUCGGAUAGAAUUGAGGGGGCCGGUAGCUGGGACGCCAUUGAGUGGACCAAAGUUGAUCCCGUUUCAAGGCCUGUGCCCCUGGGUUUGCAGCAGUUCUUGCUUGAAGGGGAGCGAGUUAUAGUAGAGGGAUACGGGGUUGUGCUUGUUAAUACUGAUGAGGCAGGAACAUUAUUUGUUACGAACUUUCGUCUUCUUUUUCUGAGCGAUGGAUCUAGAAGCAUUAUAGGACUUGGCACUAUACCGUUGGCAACAAUCGAGAAGUUCAGCAAAAGUGUUAUGAAACUUUCAUCUGGCCCUAGACAAGUUGAUAAAGCUCCAUCUCAACGACUGCUUCAGGUCAUUGGCAGAGAUAUGAGGAUCAUUGUCUUUGGAUUUCGGCCUCGGACAAAACAGAGGCGUGCCGUAUAUGAUGCCCUAAUGAGGUGCGCUAGGCCAGCUAGACUUUGGGAUCUCUAUGCUUUUGCUGUUGGGCCUUCAAAAUUCAGUAACACAAACCCUAAGGUGAGGCUAUUGAAUGAGUACUUCCGUCUUCUUGGACUAGUAUCACAUCAUGCUUCCUCUAGAACAAUCGAAGACGGCUCAUUCACAUUGUCCAAUGAAUGGUGGAGAAUAAGCAGUGUUAACUCUAAUUAUGCAAUGUGCCCGACCUACCCAUUUGCGUUGCUUGUUCCAAACUCCAUGAGCGAUGUAGAUAUUCAGCAGGCCUGUACCUUCCGUGCACGUUGUAGGUUGCCUGCAAUUUCCUGGUGUCAUCCAGGAACUGGAGCUGUUCUUGCACGUUCUUCACAGCCACUUGUUGGCCUCAUGAUGAAUAUGAGAAGUAAUGCUGAUGAAAAGCUUGUCGCUUCUCUGUGGACUCAACUUGCUGGAAUCAAGGAACGCAGGAGGAAGCUAUACAUCGCUGAUGCAAGACCUCGUAAAAAUGCUCUGGCAAAUGGAGCAAUGGGUGGUGGAUCAGAGUCGUCCGCCAAUUAUUCUCAGUCUGAGAUAGUCUUCUUCGGGAUAGACAAUAUACAUGCUAUGCGAGAGAGCCUUGUCCGACUUCGAGAUUAUGUGGACACACAUGGUGCCAAUUCAUCCGAUGGAAUGUCUUCAUAUUUGAGGCAUGGAGGGUGGACGUGGGGAGGAGGUAAUCUCAGCAGUAUGUCUGCUUCAGUCUCAACUCUUGGGGACAGUGGUUGGCUGAUACAUGUCCAGAGUGUUUUGGCUGGUUCAGCAUGGAUUGCUGCUCGUGUUGCUCUGGAAUCUGCCACAGUGCUUGUUCAUUGUAGUGAUGGAUGGGAUAGAACAACUCAGUUAGUGUCCCUUGCAAGUUUGUUGCUUGAUCCAUAUUACCGGACAAUCCAAGGUUUUCAGGCACUAGUAGAGAAGGAUUGGCUUGCAUUUGGGCAUCCAUUUUCAGAUCGACUUGGAAUGCCUACUGUAUCAGGAAGUGAUGGCCUUCCUGGUGAAUUUUCACGACAAGCAUCUACGGGGAGUAUACCUUCAUCACCAAUGCGCCAAUCAUCUGGCACAUCCACACCUCAUUCAACAUCUUCGCAUGCACAGAAUCAGUCCUCACCAAUUUUUUUGCAGUGGGUCGAUUGUGUUUCACAACUUCUACGAAUGUAUCCAUUUGCAUUUGAGUUCUCCUCGGUCUUCCUGGUAGAGUUGGUGGAUUGUGUGCUUUCCUGCCGUUUUGGGAAUUUUCUCUGUAACAGUGAGAGAGAACGGCAGCAAGCUGGUGUUUAUGAUGCAUGCGGGUGCUUGUGGAUGUAUUUAGCUGAUGUGCGGGCUUCAGAUGGGAGAUCACAUGUGCAUUAUAACCACUUUUACGAACCAUCGAAAUUUCAAGGCCCAUUACUACCUCCAGCCGCAGCUUUAGCUCCAACACUUUGGCCCCAGUUCCACCUUCGAUGGUCUUGUCCAUCAGAAGCCCAAGCUGGGGAGAUUGAAGUACACUGCAGGAAUAUGGCUAAGAAAAUCUGUGAACUGCAGAAGGCUAAAGAGAUGGCGGAGGCAAAAGUUAAAGAAACAGAAGCCACUGUAGAGUCCUUGUCAGUCGAGCUGCGAAAUGAGAAGCUCAGCAACAGCUCAGCAAGGGAUUGGGUGAGGAUAACCAAACGAGAAACAGCUGCCAUAAAGCGGGCCGUUCAAUCUUUGGGCUGCAAAGUUCACUUCUCUGAGGAUGGAGAUUGCAUUGUCAGCAUCGAGAACAACUCGACAGAGAUUCCUCAGAAACCACUCUUUUCGGUGUCUGAUAUGCAGUCAGGUGGUUAUUUUACUCACGACGAGCAGUCGGAUAAUACCAUGUCCCGUUUUGCUCAUACGCCACAUGAUGGUGUGGAUGACGAUGAUGAUUCAGGAAGUCCAAUGAAUAGUGUCUGUGGGUCUUUGUGCCCGUUACGUACGAGGGAUGGAGGGUGUAGAUGGCCACAUGCUGGUUGUGCUCAGUUUGGAAGUCAGUUUAUUGGUUUGAAGGCAAAUUUUGACGCAUUUGACCGGCUUUCAAUAUACGAUAGCUAUUUUGAGCCGCAAUGA